AUGUAUUAUCUAGUGUAUUGUAAUAUUCUUAAUAUUUUGUUACCGGUAUGCAUUCAUUCUAUUUGCUGACGAUAUUCAAAAAGAUAUUUUUGUGUUGAAAGUGUAUUCUAUUGCCUAGCAACGAUUAUUUUAUGGUUUUGUUCAUUUUACCUAGAUGAAUACA